GAAGACUGCUUCUACAAACAUUUGUUAAUAAUUUGUUGCUCUCAAGAGCUCAGUGAAUUUAAGCAUGGUACUGUGAUAGGUUGCCACCUGUGCAAUAAGUCCAUCCAUGAAAUUUCCUUGCUACUAAAUAUUCCGCAGUCAACUGUUAGUCGUAUUAUAACAAAGUGGAAGCAACUGGGAACAACAGCAACUCAGCCACAAAGUGAGUGGGGUCAGCGCAUGCUGAAGCACACAGUGUGCAGAAGUCGCCAACUGUCUGCAGAGUCAAUAGCUAAAGACUUCCAAACUUCAUGUGGUCUUCAGAUUAGCACAACAAUAGUGCAUAGAGAGCUUCAUGGAAUGGGUUUCCAUGGC